CACGAGCAUUCAGCACCAGCGUGCACGCGCUUUGGACAGUAGCGCGCGCUGUUUGGAGCGUUAGAUGAGUUGUUGAGAGAAGCGGCAGUCAGGAUGCGAGACAUUAAACUGACUUGACCAAACCCAGACUUAUUAAACCUCUAGAUCUGGAUUAUUUUUUUUUCACUUCUUUGUGCUCUUCGUGAUUGUUUUUGCACAGACGCCUCUAUUGGUUUGUUUGUUUGUUUGUUUGUUUUAAUAGCCUUAAUUAGAACUUUUAGAACUCCGCCUGUUUUAUUCCGGUGUAACAGCUGAUUUGUGUUAAAACAUGGCGCGCGUGCUGGUGAUGCUGAUGUGCUGCUGGAGUUUUGUCUCCGGGGCCGCGCGCACGGAACCCGAGGCUGCUCACGGGCACGCGCUGGACUUCGGCUCCGUGCCGGCGGUGGUGCACGAGACGCGCGCGCUCUAUGAGCCCGGAGCCGUGGACAUGCUGUUUCACAUAGUGCACGCGUUUCUCCACACGGUACAGCCAAACCCCUUCCCAGCAGAUCUCAUUGUCAAGAUUUUGCAACAAAACACAAAAGGAAUCAAACCAGAUGAGCUUCACAAGCCUGAGAACAUUGUCCUUACGCUACAGGCCAUUUAUUAUGAGAUCGGCUUCAUCGUUUUGGCAACGCUGGGUGUUGUGUUUGUGCUCCUGAUGCCACUGGUGGGUUUAUUUUUUUGCCUGUGUCGGUGCUGUGAGAACUGCGGAGGCGAGAUGCACCAAAGGCACCGCAAGAAUGCUGACUGCCAACGUGGCUUCUAUACGUUCCUGCUCAUCACCUCAUCGGUGUUCAUCGCAGUGGGUGUACUGGUUGCCUACGCUGGAAACCACAACAUCACAUACCAGAUCAAAAAUACCAAACAACUCGUCCGCUCCAACAUACAAGACCUGAAAUCCCUGGCCAGUUAUACGCCGAUGCAAAUCGACUAUCUGACUGCACAAUACACAACAGCCAAAAAUAAAGUUCUCUCCGAUCUAGACAACAUUGGGCCGUUGUUGGGUAGGCAGAUACACAACCAGAUGGACAGAGACGUGAUGCCAGCUUUAGACAACGUACUCCGCAUGGCAGCCGUCAAAGUGGAAAAUGCUAUUAAAGCGAUGCGAGACACUAAGGAGGCUUUAGAGAACGUGAGCACGUCCCUAGAGACAUUACAAGAAGCAAGUACCAAGCUGAGGAGGUCUUUGCAGUUGGAGCGCACUUCGCUUUCAAACACACUCAACGAUCCAGCCUGCCGGAUCGGAAACGCAACACACACAUGCAACAGCAUCCGGGCCACGCUUAACCAGCUGGCUGUCAGCGCCAACUUUAAUGAGCUGGCGGAUGUCAGUCCUCACUUGGCAAAUCUAAAAACGGUGAUGGAGACGGAUCUCAGCUACAUUGUACAGAAGGGAUACUCUGCUUUUAAUGAUACUUCCAGGAUAGUAAGCGAACAGACACACGACAUUAUGGCCAAGGUGAAGGCUUCGUUGGAUAAGUCAGAAGCAGAGAUUAUUGCUUUCACCAGUGCAUUCCCAGUGGAACCGGCUUUAGAGAAUUUCACUCGCUUUCUGACGGAAUCAGAGAAGGACAUUGAAGCGUUCUACCCACAUAUUGACCAGCUUGACUUUUACCGGUGGAUAGGCUGCGUGGUGCUGUGUUGCAUGGUUGUACUGAUUCUGGCGUUUAACCUUCUGGGUUUGAUGAGUGGAAUGUGUGGCCGUGAUAAGAGCGCCACACCGACAACACGCGGCUGCCUCUCAAACACAGGCGGCAAUCUCCUCAUGGCAGGUGUUGGCUUUAGCUUCAUCUUUUCAUGGGUGCUGAUGGGAGUUGUGCUCAUCACUUUUGUUGCUGGAGGAAAUGUGGAGAAGCUGGUGUGUGAGCCUCUGGCCAACCGACAACUGUUUAAGAUUAUAGACACACCAUACAUUGUCCAUCCUGGGAAGAAGAAUUUCCUCCCUGGGAUGUUGUUUCAAAACUCUAAUAUUGAUCUUACCAUCGGCAGUCUGUACAGUGAUUGUUAUGAGAAUAACGGCAUAUAUUCUGCACUACAACUUGAGAACCAAUUCCACUUCAUCCAGUUUAUCAACAGAACUGUGAAUAAUCAUGACCUGGCAGAGAUAUUCGAGGGAGUAAGUGUGGACUUGGAUGGAAUAAUCCUGCUGGACGAAGAAGGAAAAGACAAUCUCAUUAAUUUCGCUAAUGCAGGCCUUGGAGACAUCAACUACCAGGCCUAUCUCUCAGAGGUCAAUAAAGGAGUAACUGUUGUAGAUCUUCUCUCCUUUGCCAAUGAACUGGAGGGGGAGGCAGACCAUCUGCCACGUGGUGCUCUCGGAAAUGCUCUAAAGGGCCACGCUAGUAGCAUCAGACGGAUCCAUAAAGAGCAAGUACUGCCCAUGGAGCAGGCCAUGAAAUUUGUCAGAGCCAGGAGCUUAUUAAGUCAAAGUAUCAGGUUACUACAGACCACAGUGGAAGACCUUCCUACUAAAGUGACUAAUGUGCUGAGUGCCAUCGAUGCAGCUGAGUAUCUAAUUGCCAACAAUGCCUCACAUGUGGUCAAAAAGGAGACAGAAAAAUUCACGAAUAAUUUGAUGGGAUACCUUAAACAAUAUGUCACCUGGGUUCAGCUCUCAUUAAUGCUGGAGGUAGCUCAAUGCAAACCCAUCAGUAACAUCAUUGACUCGCUGGAGAUUGUUGGCUGCAGUUUCCUAGUGGACUCAGUGAACACAUUCUGGUUUGGACUGGGUGGCUGUUGUUUGUUCCUUAUCCCCAGUAUCAUCAUGUCUGUCAAACUCGCCAAAUUCUACCGCAGAAUGGACACAGAGGACGUCCUCGAAGAUAAACAGUGGUGGAAGCUAAAAACCUUUCAGGAAAACAGAGAUAGAAGAGACUUCACGCAAACAAUGAAACUACACUUGGCACAGAGACCUGGAGUUAAACUGCCCAGAAAUGGAGUACCUUGAGCCUAAUUUCAUUUUAAAGGAAGAUGAAAAAAGAAGAUGGAAGAGAAAAGGGACAUAUAAUUUAUGCAAGGGGAGAUUGCCAAAUUAUAUCACAUUCUAAAGAUAUGAACUAUAUAAAAGUUGUCUUUAUCAGUCUGUUAGAUUCUGACAAAAACAUAUUGUUGACCAUCUGAUGCACUAAUAGAUAUCUUUUAAUAAUUGUCUAUGGUGUUGAGAAAAUCAUGACCAUUAUUUAGUUUACUGUAAGAAUAUACAGCUUUGUUAGGUUGUUAAUUUCUGUUUAAAACUCAUAUAUUCAAAAACACAGAACAGUUCUGUGAUUUUAUUUGUAAAGACUGUAUAAGGUUUUAAUGACUGUGCUUAUAUAGGCAGUUCCCAGGUUAGGACGAACUGCCAUAAAGCCUAUAAUACGAGCGAUGUUCAAGUCAACCCGAGACUUUUGAUGUGCAUCAUAAUCCCAUCAUAUAAUCCCAUGCUACACUACUGCAUUACAUACACACAUCACUAGUGCUUGGACACCAGGGUGGAAGGUUUUCUUAGUACAUUGGCACCAUGAUCUGAAUACCUCCCAGGAACUCCCCAAAUGUGCAAGUAGUGUUGGUGAGUGAUUGUAUGUACAGUUCCGACAGACAGUUGGAGACAAACUAUUAGUCAAUUUUUAAGGAUUAGGCGUUCCAGUUGCAUAUAAACAAUUGCAGUAUGUGUGAGUGGCCACCUCAGCCAUAAAACAUUUGCACCAUUCAAAGAGUCUAAGAGUCAAAAUUGUAUCGUCAUCGUAUUAUACCUGAAGUCUUCUGUAAAUGUCAGCUGGUUUUAUGUCUGUAUACACGAGAAAUUGAAUCAGUCCCAGUUUCACUUGAACACACUAUAUAUUCAAAUUUUUACUUGAAAUAGUUUGUAAAUAUAAACAUAUGCACUAAUUUGUGACACUGAUAAAAACUGUCUGGAAUUGUGUGGCUCCAGCAGUUUGUCAACUUGAAGAAGGAGAAGACUGUUCGCCAUUUUUAUUCAAAUCACUUUGCCGUUAACGCUGUGUUGAGUGUGUAACCACUGUAGCUUAAAAGUUUUUAUUUUACACUUUUAACCAUGCCUCAAGUGUAAAUCUGAAGCAAGUGAUGCAUCAAAGAAAAGGAAAACAAUGAAAUAAAAGAAAGAGGAAUUAAUAAAGCAGUUAUACAGAGGUAAAACACAAUUGGUUAUUGGAAAAGUUAUUAUAAUUAAUAUUGUGUAAUCUUAAGUUUCGAAUGUUUAGUGCAUAUUGAAAUGUUUAUUACGUGUUGUGUAUAUACCUAGACAUGUACCAUAUAUUGUGAUAUAUUUGACUAACUAACAAAACCAUACAGUAUGUACUGUACUGUACUUGUUUCUUUAAAAAAGACUUAGGUUUAGGAACAGAUCUUGUUCGUAAAUGGAGACUGCCUGCAUAAAGUUUAUAAUUUGUUAACCUUUUUUGAAGCCUACUUAUAAAUGCUAAAAGGACCUUGUCAAUGUAUAAUAAUUAAAAAAAAAGUUAUAAAUGAGGUAUUUUCAUGUUGUAACAUAAGUGGCAGCAUCAUUCCAGUUUUUAGAUUUUGUUGUAGCCAAAAAUAGGUUUUAUACAAAUUAAACUUACUUAUUAACUAUAGGCCUAUUUUUAAGAUGAGCACUGUAUUUUCCAGAUAUUCAAUUUAAUUGUAAAUUUAAUUAAAAUUUCUUCUCAAAUUUUCAGAAUUUCGGUAAAGUUGAAUAAAAUUGUGGAUA